GAUUGUUGGUUGUUGACUAAAACUUCCCAAAAAAAAAAAAGAGUUUUCGCUUCACUUUUUUAAUCUGUCACGUUUCAUUGACUAAUUUGGCUGAUAAAAUCAUUCAUCUGAGUGUUUUAAAAUUUUGAUUUGGGCUUAAUCAAUCUCUGUUUUUUCUCGGUUUCAGCUGCCAUGGCUACCGACCCUUCACCCCAAAUCCCAAUGAGGGCCAGUUCAAAGAGCUCAAACAAUUCGAUACACCCAGUGGAUGUGGAAACCCCACCUGUUAGGACUCCAACACCAAUCAUUUACAGAGAAAUCAAGCAUUUCAAGAAAUGGAUACCUUGGUUGGUUCCUGCUUUUGUUGUUGCUAACACUGUUAUGUUUAUCAUCACCAUGUACGUCAACAAUUGUCCCAAGAAUUCCGUUUCUUGCGUUGCUGAUUUCUUAGGCAGAUUCUCCUUUCAGCCUUUUAAGGAGAAUCCUCUUCUGGGUCCUUCUUCCGCCACGCUGCUGAAGAUGGGGGCUUUACAUGUGAAGGAAGUGGUUGAUGGAGACCAAGGAUGGCGUCUCAUCACUUGCAAUUGGUUACAUGGAGGGGUUUUUCAUUUGCUGGCAAAUAUGUUGAGUCUUUUAGUCAUUGGAAUCCGGCUUGAAAGAGAAUUCGGAUUCAUACGGGUUGGAUUGAUCUAUAUCAUCUCUGGAUUUGGAGGGAGCUUGAUGUCUGCUCUUUUCCUCCAGUCAAACAUCUCUGUUGGUGCCUCUGGUGCACUUUUUGGAAUACUUGGAAGCAUGCUCUCCGAACUCAUUACUAAUUGGACAAUAUAUGCUAAUAAGGUGGCAUCAUUUGUGACUCUCCUGGUCAUCAUUGCCGUUAAUUUAGCAGUUGGAAUCCUACCACAUGUUGACAACUUUGCUCACAUUGGAGGAUUUCUCACCGGUUUCCUUCUUGGAUUUGUAUUUCUCAUCCGCCCCCAGUUUGGAUGGGUUAGUCAAAGAUAUGCUCCUCCUGGACAUUCAAGUUCAGCCCGACCUAAAUUCAAGAAGUAUCAGUGCAUUUUGUGGGCUGUUUCUUUGAUCCUCGUAAUUGUGGGUUUGAGUCUUGGAUUGGUUAUGCUCCUACGAGGAGUCAAUGCAAACGAUCAUUGUUCUUGGUGUCAUUACUUGUCCUGCGUACCUACUUCAAGAUGGAGCUGCAAUACAGAGCCUGCGUACUGCUCGUCCACCCAACUAGGCAGCCAAGUUAAUGUAACUUGCUCCACCAACGGAAGGACCACCACAUACUUUUUGCCGGGUGCAAGCAGUUCUCAGAUCCAGAGCUUAUGUUCUCAGCAGUGCAGCUGAUUGUUUAUAUAUAUAUAUAUACGCCAAACACAUGGAUCUUCUAGCAUGUAUUACUUUCAUGUACAAAUGUUUUAUCAGUACAAACAUGUUUCUGACCCAUUCCUUUUUAUAUGCUUAUAAUAAGUUUUAUUUCCCCA